AUGGGUAUUUCAAGGGAUUCGAUGCACAAGAGGCGAGAGACGGGAGGAAAGAAGAAGGCAUGGAGGAAGAAGAGAAAAUACGAGCUCGGUCGUCAGUCAGCUAACACCAAGCUUUCAAGCAACAAGACCAUAAGGAGAAUCCGUGUCCGUGGUGGUAAUGUUAAAUGGAGGGCUCUGAGGUUGGACACUGGAAACUUUUCCUGGCCAAGUGAAACGGUGACCCGUAAAACCCGUCUCCUUGACGUGGUUUACAAUGCUUCCAACAAUGAGCUUGUGCGUACUCAGACCCUUGUGAAGAGUGCCAUUGUUCAGGUUGAUGCAGCUCCUUUCAAGCAGUGGUACCUUCAACACUAUGGAGUUGAAAUUGGAAAGAAAAAGAAAACUGCUGGCAAGAAAGAAUCUGAGGAGGCUGAAGCUGUUACUGAGGAAGUUAAAAAGAGUAGCCAUGUUCAGAGGAAAUUAGAACAACGACAGAAGGAUCAUCAGCUGGAUCCACACAUUGAAGAGCAGUUUGGCGGUGGAAGGCUGCUUGCGUGCAUUUCCUCCCGACCUGGUCAAUGUGGAAGAGCCGAUGGCUACAUUUUGGAAGGUAGGGAGUUGGAAUUUUACAUGAAGAAGCUCCAGAAGAAGAAGGGCAAGGCUGCUGCUUGA